UCUCCGCCCCGCUCCGCCGCCGCCCCGGGCUCCGAGCUCCGCUCUCCGUUCUCCCAUCCGUUCCUCUCCGUUCCUCCGCCGUCGGGGCCCGCUGAGCCCGGCGGGUGCCCUCGGAGGCGAUGCCUUUCCCGGCCCCUCCGCGCCGCCCCGACCCCCCCGCCGCCCCCCGCCGCUGAGCCUGGCCCCGACGAGGCCUCCCCCGGCGGCGCCGCCCGCCCCGGGGCUGCCGCAGCGAUGGAGACGGCGGAGAAGGAGUGCGGAGCCCUCGGUGGGCUCUUCCAGGCCAUCAUUAACGACAUGAAGAGCUCCUACCCCAUCUGGGAGGACUUCAACUCCAAGGCCACCAAGCUGCACUCCCAGCUCAGGACCACAGUGCUGGCUGCGGUCGCCUUCCUGGAUGCCUUCCAGAAAGUGGCUGACAUGGCCACCAACACUCGAGGGGCCACGAGGGACAUCGGCUCCGCACUGACCCGUAUGUGCAUGCGGCACCGCAGCAUCGAGGCCAAGCUCCGGCAGUUCACCAAUGCCCUGAUGGAGAGCCUGAUCAACCCUUUGCAGGACAGAAUUGAGGACUGGAAGAAAACUGCCAACCAGUUGGACAAGGACCACGCAAAAGAGUACAAGCGAGCCCGCCACGAGAUCAAGAAGAAAUCCUCUGACACACUCAAGCUGCAGAAGAAGGCUCGUAAGGGUCAGCUGGGGAAAGGGGACCUGCAGCCCCAGCUGGACAACGCGCUGCAGGACGUCAAUGAUAUGUACCUGCUGCUGGAGGAGACGGAGAAGCAGGCGGUGCGCAAGGCGCUCAUCGAGGAGCGGGGCCGCUUCUGCACCUUCAUCACCUUCCUGCAGCCCGUGGUGAACGGGGAGCUCACCAUGCUGGGGGAGAUCACCCACUUGCAGGGCAUCAUCGACGACCUGGUGGUGCUCACCGCCGAGCCCCACAAGCUGCCCCCUGCCAGCGAGCAGGUGAUCAAGGACCUGAAGGGCUCCGACUACAGUUGGUCCUACCAGACCCCUCCAUCGUCGCCCAGCAGCUCCAGCUCCCGCAAAUCGAGCAUGUGCAGCAGUGUCAGCAGUGCCAAGGGUGGCCUCCCGUGGCCCGGGGGGGCUCAGACCUGCUCACCCAGCUCCACCUAUCGCUACCGCAGCCUGGCCCAGCCGGCCAGCGCCAGCACGCGCCUCUCCAGCGUUUCCUCGCACGACUCCGGCUUCAUCUCCCAGGAUGCUGCCUACUCCAAACCGCCCUCCCCGAUGCCCUCAGACAUCACCAGCCAGAAGUCCUCCAGCUCAGCGUCCUCAGAGGCCUCAGAGACGUGCCAGUCGGUCAGCGAGUGCAGCUCCCCCACCUCGGAUUGGUCCAAGGCCAGCCCCUAUGACCAGCCCAUGGUCAGCACCCUACAGCGGCGAAAGGACCGCGUGGAGCACCUGCGGGAAGCUGAGAUGGGCUCAGCCAGCAGCGCGUACCCGGCCAUGGGCAGCGAGGAUGCUCCCAGGCCCCGAAUGUCACCGGCCACCAUUGCAGCCAAGCAUGGCGAGGAGGUGUCCCCCGCUGCCAGCGACCUGGCCAUGGUGCUCACACGGGGGCUGAGCCUGGAGCACCAGAAGAGCAGCCGGGACUCGCUGCAGUACUCCAGUGGCUACAGCACGCAGACCACCACUCCAUCUUGCUCUGAGGACACCAUCCCUUCCCAAGGUUCUGACUACGACUGCUACUCGGUGAACGGCGACGUGGAGUGCGACCCUCAGAGCGACUUCGACAAAUCCUCAACCAUCCCUCGCAACAGCAACAUCGCCCAGAACUACCGCCGUAUGAUCCAGACCAAGCGGCCCGCCUCCACCGCCGGGCUGCCCAGCGGCACCAACCUGCCGGCCGGCAGCACCCCUGGGGUGGCCACCAUCCGCCGCACGCCCUCCACCAAACCCUCGGUCCGCCGCACCCUGUCCAACGCUGGCCCCAUCCCCAUCCGCCCACCCAUCGUCCCCGUCAAGACCCCAACGGUGCCCGAUUCACCCGUCUACGCCGGCCCAGCGCGGGUGGGCAGCGAGGAGUGCGUGUUUUACGCUGAGGAUGCCUCACCCAACCCAAUGGAUUUUGCCAAAGCGUCGCCCAAACGCUUGAGCCUCCCCAACGCUGCCUGGGGCGGCGGCGUGGCCGAGAUCUCGGUGUACUCCGGGGCGGCGCAUCCAAUGGCCACCGACGAAGAGGAGGACCAGCAGUUGGCCGCCAACCGGCACAGCUUGGUGGAGAAGAUCGGCGAGCUGGUGGCUGGUGCCCACGCUCUGGGAGAAGGCCAAUUCCCCUUUCCCACCGCGCUGGAGGAGACCCCCGCGCCGCCCCCCGCGCCCGCCAUGGACCCCCCGGCCGAAGACAUGCUGGUGGCCAUCCGGCGCGGCGUGCGCCUGCGCAGGACCGUCACCAACGACAGGUCGGCGCCGCGGAUAUCGUGAUGACGCCCGCGGGGACAUGGGGACGACGGACGACGGGGCGGGCGAUGCCGGGACCCCGGGGUGCAGGGGACCCCUGGCUGCAGCGGGCACAGCCCCAAGCGUCCUCACACUCGUGAUCACUUCCUGUUGUUCUUUCUCCUCCUCUUUUGCUCCCCUUCCUCCCUUUUUUGAUUUCUUCUGUUCAUUCAGUUGUGCACUCUUUUCUCGCGCUCGUUACCUGUGCUCUCUCCAUUCUCUUCUGGCUCUUUUCUCUCCAUCUCUCCCUCUCCUCUGUCUCAAGGUUCUCUGCUCUAUCCGUCCUUGAGCCCUCUCUCACCCCCUACGUCAUCUCCCUCACCUUAUUUUACUCUUUCCUUCUUGCUCUCUUUCUCUCCUUCCUCUUUCCCUUCUCCUCUCCUCUUCUCCUUUUCCUCUUCUCCUUAUCUUCUCCUCUUCUUCUCCUCUUCUUCUCCUUCUCUUCUCCUUCUCUUCUCCUUCUCUUCUCCUUCUCUUCUCCUUCUCUUCUCCUUCUCUUCUCCUUCUCUUCUCCUUCUCUUCUUCCCUUUUCCCUCUUUCUCAUUUUCACUUUUUCUCCAUUUCUUUCUCCUUUUCCUUUUCUCUGUUUUCUUUUUCUCAUUUCUUUCUCCAUUUCUUUUCCUUCCUUCCUUCCUUCCUUCCUUCCUUCCUUCCUUCCUUCCUUCCUUCCUUCCUUCCUUCCUUCCUUCCUUCCUUCCUUCCCUCCUUCUCAUUUUCACUCCUUUUCUCCAAUUCUUUCUCCCUUUCUCUUUUUUCUCCUUUUUUCUUUCUCUUUUUCCGCUUUCUCAUUUUUUCUCUUUCCGUCCUCAAUUUUUCUUCCUUCUCUUUUUCUUUCUCCCUUUUCCUCUUUUUUCCCCCCAUUUCUUCCCCUAUUUCCCUCUCCUUUCCCCCUCCUGCUUUCUCUUCCUCUCCCUUCCUUCUCCCCCCAUCCCAUUUCCCUUUCCCCCCCCCAGCACAGCACCCCGUCCAUCCCCACUGUGGCCGGGACCGGGGCAGGAGCAGCGCCAGGAGCGGGGUGUCCCCGCCGUCCCCAUGUCCCCAUCCUGCACACCUCAUUUUGGGGCCGGGGCAGCGGGGGGAGCACAGCCCAUCCUGUCCCCCCCCCCAUUGUACAUAGCUCACCUGUGUGUCGCAUCGCCCGUCCCCGCCAUAGGAAUAACGUAGUCCUCCCCGGCCCCUUAUUGUGACCAGAGAUACUGAUGAUGACAAGUGACAAAUGUUUGGGGUUGGGGGGGGGGUGGGG